AUGGAUAUUGACUCUUCUGCUAUAACUACUAUGACAUCAGAUACAUCUGUUGAUGCAUCCGAGCGAACUAUCGAACAGCAACAUAGUCCUGUAAAUACGAACAAAUGUCAAUAUUGGCUUCCAUUCUCUGAUAUUUAUCAAUGUCGAGAAUUGAGUACUUAUCAUUGUUUUCAUUGUUCGUCUUCGUUUUGUCUUCCACAUGGCGUACAACAUCAAUGGAAUUUGAAAGAAGAAAUAAAUCAUUUAUUAACUGAGACUAAAAAACUCCUGAAUAGUAUUCCACAAUUAAAUAUUAUUAGUGGGAAAGAAAAUUGCAAGAUGCUGAUUGAUCAAUGGGCAGCAGCUAUGCAUGCAAAAAUUAAUCAGAAACAUUAUGAACUUGAGACGGAACUAAAUUGUUAUGAACAACAGAUUGAAACCAAUCAGGAUCAAUGGAAAAAAUCUUUAGAAAAUCGAUUAACAACAAAAAUUGGUUGUAAAUUGGAAGAACAAUUGCAAAAAUAUGAGGUUAAUGGAAUGGAAUUCAAAAAAGCUUGCCAUGAACUUGAACAUGUACGAGAGCUCUUCUAUCUGUUUAACAGUAAACCAUUAAUUUCUGUGACGCAUAAUGAUGACAACCAAAUCAAUUUGAAUGAACCUUGUUUAGUUUUCGAAACCAACAUUAAAAGUGGCAUCGAUUGGAUGAAAGAUCUUUCCUCAGACAACAAUAUUGAUACUAUGAACCAUAUCUGUGUACGUCAGUUUCCAGAUUCUGAAAUAAAUCACUCUCUAGAGUCAAUAAUUUCAGCAGCAUCAUUGUUUCAUUAUCAUCAUUAUCAACUCGUACAAAUUAUUGAUAAUAAUAAAAAUAACUGUGAAUUAAAUUUACGUUACAAAGCUUUAACUGAUCAAGACAUGAAAAAUAUGGUUGCCUACGGUAUACAAAAUAAUACAACUCUUACAACACUCGAUCUUUCUCAUAAUCAAAUUGGACCGACAGGAACAAAAUAUUUAAGCGAUGCAUUACGAAUUAAUACAACAAUUAUCAAAGUCGAUCUUUCCGAAAAUCAAAUUGGAGAUGAAGGAGUACAACAUCUGAGUGAUGCAUUACGAAUUAAUAAAGUACUUACUACACUCAUCCUUGUUUGGAAUGAUAUUAGAUCUGAGGGAGCACAACAUUUGGGUGAUUUAUUACGUGUUAACACAACUCUAACGACACUUGAUCUUUCUCAUAAUGAAAUCGGUGUACAAGGAACACAAAAUCUUAGCGAUACAUUACGGACUAACACCACACUUACUACACUUGAUCUUUCCUAUAAUCAAAUAGGACCUCAAGGUGUGCAAUAUCUGAGUGAUGCACUACAAACUAAUACAGCACUUACUACACUCAAUAUUUCCUGGAAUGAAAUUGGUGUUCAAGGUACACAACAUCUGAGUGAUGCAUUACGAAUUACCACUACACUCACGACUCUCAUUCUUUGUGGCAAUCAAAUUGGUUCUCAAGGAAUACAACAUCUGAGUAAUACAUUACAUUCAAACACAACACUCACUACACUUAAUCUCGCUCGAAAUGAUAUUAAAUGUGACUCAAUACAAUAUCUAAGUGAUGCAUUAGAAAUUAACAAAACACUAACUGCACUUGAUCUUUCUCACAAUCGAUCUCGACGUCAAGGCUUACAAUAUUUGAGCAAUGCAUUACGAAUAAACAAAACACUUACUAACCUCAAUCUGUCCUGGAAUGAAAUUGGACCUGAAAGAAUACAACUUUUAACUGAUGCAUUACAGACUAAUACGACACUAACUAUACUCGAUCUUUCUGGAAAUCAAAUAGGCAAUCAAGGAAUACAAUAUAUAAGUGAUACGUUACGAAUUAACGCAAUACUAACUAUACUUGAUCUUUCACAUAAUCAAAUUCAAUCUCAAGGUGCACAAUAUCUAAGUGAUGUAUUACGCAUCAAUACGACAUUGAUUAGACUUAAUCUUUCGUGGAAUCGAAUUGGUAUUCAAGGAGCACAAUAUUUAAGCGAUGCAUUACGAACUAACAAAACAUUGACUACGCUCGAUUUAUCUCAUAAUCAAAUUGGAUCACAAGGAACACAAUAUUUAUGUGAUACACUACGAAUUAAUACAACUCUUGCUACACUCUAUCUUUCUGAUAAUCAAAUUGGCUUUCAAGCAGUUCAAUAUCUGAGUGAUGUAUUCCGAACUAAUACAACACUUAUCAAACUUAAUCUCUCUCGGAAUCAAAUUGGAGUUCAAGAAAGAAAAUGUUUAAUUGAACUAAGUUUUAUAAAUAAAAACUUGGACAUUGUUUGGUAA